AUGAAUAUAAUACGUAGUCCAGCCGUGCAUAGAGGAUACUGGACUUCAUUAGAUCUCGUGAAGUUCUUUCCAGUCCUACAAUUCUGUGAUUCUCUGAAAGUGUUCGAUGAAAAGGAGAAUGUAUCUAACUGCAUCCAGCUGAAGACAUCAGUUAUUAAAGGUAUUAAGAACCAACUGAUAGAUCAGUUUCCUGGUAUUGAACCAUGGCUAAAUCAAAUUAUGCCAAAGAAAGAUCCUGUCAAAAUAGUAAGAUGUCAUGAACAUAUAGAAAUCCUCACAGUAAAUGGAGAGUUAUUGUUCUUCAGGCAAAGAGAAGGGACAUUUUACCCAACUCUAAGGUUACUUCACAAAUAUCCAUUUAUUCUACCACAUCAGCAGGUUGAUAAAGGAGCCAUUAAAUUUGUACUCAGUGGAGCAAACAUAAUGUGUCCUGGCCUUACCUCUCCUGGAGCGAAACUUUACCCUGCUGCUGUUGAUACAGUUGUUGCAAUAAUGGCAGAAGGAAAACAACAUGCACUGUGUGUUGGAGUCAUGAAGAUGUCAGCUGAGGACAUUGAGAAAGUAAACAAAGGGAUUGGCAUUGAAAAUAUCCAUUAUUUAAAUGAUGGCCUGUGGCAUAUGAAGACAUAUAAGUGAAGCAAAAGAAACAGUGUGACUCCAAAGGAACGCACUUAGAGUAAAUGGACUGCUUUGUAAUUCCUUUUGUUUUUAAUGUGACUGAAUGUACAAAUUUUGUUCCGUGGCUAUGCUAAAUAAAUCAAGUGAAUACUGAAGUCCUGUUAGCAGCAA